UGCCCCACCCCCCCUGUGUGUGUGAUAUCUUGAAGGAAGAGAAAGCACCUUGGCAGUAGCGCGAGGCGAUGAGAAGCGCUCGCGCACACACAUACAGUAAUGGCCUUGCACGGUAAAGUUCUGCUGCUGUUUGCGCAUGGCAGAAGGACGCAUUUCUGGCGCGAGCUCAGUCCGGUCCCGGCGCUGCUCUGUCGCACGAGACGUCUCUCUGUUGCUGCUCCGAACUCGCUUCUGGCCUAUAAGACGUACGCGGAGCUGCGCGAGCUCUCAGCCCGGGACCCCGAGCGCUUCUGGGACCGUGCUGCGCGUGAGAGGAUCACAUGGAGCAGGAUGUUCGAGCGCGUGCAGGACUGCGAUCUGGCGCAAGGGAAGAUCGGCUGGUUCCUCGGGGGGCAACUAAACGUUUCCGUAAACUGUCUGGAUGUUCAUGUUGCUAAAGAUCCAAACCGAGUGGCUCUGAUCUGGGAGAAAGAUGAACCGGGGCUGGAGGAGCGAGUCACAUACAGAGAGCUGUUGGAGAUGACCUGCCGACUAGCCAACAUGCUAAAGAGCCAUGGCAUAAGGAAAGGAGACCGUGUGGCCAUCUACAUGCCCAUGUGUCCCACGGCGGUGGCGGCCAUGUUGGCGUGUGCGAGGAUCGGAGCCGUUCACACCGUGGUGUUUGCUGGAUUCAGCUCUGACGCUCUGGCAGGCAGGAUUCAGGACGCUGAGUGUAAGGUGGUGAUCACGAGUAAUCAGGGUGUGAGAGGUGGACGUGUGAGCAAUCUGAAGGCGACGGUGGAUGUGGCAGUAAAGUCCUGUCCCUCAGUGAAGAGUGUCCUCGUGGCUCAGAGAACCAAUCACAGUGUGCCGAUGGGGGAACUGGACACACCCCUGGAGGAGGCGAUGGCGAGGGAAUCGUGUGUCUGUCCUCCAGAGCCAAUGGACAGUGAGGACAUGUUGUUUCUGCUCUACACAUCAGGCAGCACGGGGAAACCCAAAGGCAUCGUACACACUCAGGCUGGAUACCUGCUGUAUGCGGCUCUAACACACCAGCACGUCUUUGAUCACCGCCCCGGUGAUGUGUUCGGCUGUGUUGCUGAUGUCGGUUGGAUCACCGGUCACAGUUACGUUGUGUACGGACCGCUCGCUAACGGAGGAACUACUGUGCUGUUUGAGAGCACACCUGUGUAUCCCAAUCCAGGUCGGUACUGGGAGACGGUACAGCGGUUGAGGAUUAAUCAGUUUUAUGCUGCACCUACGGCUCUCAGGCUGCUGCUGAAGUACGAGGACAGCUGGGUGAAGAAUUACGACCGCUCGUCACUCAGAAUCCUCGGCUCAGUUGGAGAACCCAUCAAUCAUGAGGCGUGGGAUUGGUUCUACAACAUGGUGGGAGAAGGACGAUGCCCCCUGGUGGACACAUGGUGGCAGACAGAGACCGGUGGAGUGUGUAUCGCCCCACGGCCUGCUGAGCCUGGCGCUGAGAUACGGCCUGCCAUGGCCAUGAGACCUUUCUUUGGUGUUCAGCCUGCAUUAAUGGACGAAACGGGCCAGGUCCUGACAGGAAAUGAUGUCAGUGGUGCUCUGUGUAUCGGCCAACCGUGGCCUGGAAUGGCCAGAAGCAUUUAUGGAGAUCAUAAAAGAUUUGUGGAUGCGUAUUUUAAACCCUAUCCAGGUUAUUAUUUUACGGGCGAUGGAGCACACCGGACAGCAGACGGAUAUUACCAGAUCACUGGACGAAUGGACGACGUCAUGAACGUCAGCGGUCAUCGUUUGGGAACAGCGGAGAUCGAGGAUGUCCUGGACGAGCACCCGGACGUUCCUGAGACUGCAGUCAUCGGAAUUUCUCAUGACGUUAAAGGAGAAGUCCCUUUUGCGUUUGUGGUUAUGAAGGAGAACAUUUCGGAGAACCAGGAGGCUGUGGUGAAGGAACUGAGACAGCUUGUGGCCACCAAGAUCGCAAAAUACGCCGUACCUGACCACUUCCUGGUGGUGAAGCGUCUUCCGAAGACUCGCUCGGGAAAGAUCAUGAGGAGAAUUCUGCGGAAGGUGGCCAUGGGGCAGCUGGACAGUCUUGGGGAUGUGUCCACGCUUGACGAUCCUUCUGUAGUGAGCGAGAUCAUUGAUGCUCAUCAGCACUACAGGAACCAAGCAGCAAGGGCAUCAAAAAUGGUGGGGGUGGGGAAAUGACAGGAAAUACAUCUGAGAGACAGGAAAUAAGGGAGCCAGUAAAGACAAAAAGACAUGACUGGUAAAGUUUAUGUUUGUAGCAACUCAUUAAUAACCUGCAGGACGCGAUCCAUCAUCUGAUCCAUCAUCUGGUCCAUCAUCUGGUCCAUCAUCUGAUCCAUCAUCUGGUCCAUCGUCCUUGGAAACCAACAAACACACUCACACACAAACAUAUACACACACUCUCAUAUACUCUCACUCACAUACACACACACACACACACACUCUGACACACUAACACACACACAAACACACACAUUUUGACACACACACACACUCUCUCUCUCUCACACACACACUCACACACACACACACACACACUCUGACACACUAACACACACACAAACACACACAUUCUGACACACACACACACUCUCUCUCUCUCACACACACACACGCAUUAUUAUAAAACAUGACAGAGCACUUCAAGUGAACCGAGUAAUAUUUGAUCAAAAUCUGUUCCUCUUAAUAAAGUGUUUGUUAAUUUAUUACAAAACAGAGACUGAGAUGAACACUGCUUUUUACUGUGAACAUUUAUAAACACUUUAAAACACCUUAUAAACUCCAGGACGGUACAGAUGAUAAAAAUAUUGAGAAAUUCAAAACACCUUAUAGUUUUAAACAAUUUUAAUGCAUUAAAUUUUAUUAUUACUCAGUAUAUUAUUAUUAACUCAUUAUUACUAUAUUAUUAUAAUCAUUAUCAUAUUAAUGUUAAUAAAUUAAUAACAUUUUAAUUAUUAGAUAAAUCACAUAUAAUGUUAGAAUGUUUAGAAGCAGCAGUGGGGAGUUAAGUCUUUAUUUUGGAUGUAUGAGAUAUUAUUAGGAUUGAGUAAAUGAUGUGACACUUAUACGGCUGACUGCGAUACUGAGUGUUACUGUACUUAUAUUAAAUAAACUGCAUUAAACAGAUUUAUAACUCA